GGAGGGUACGUGCUGACGUCACGGCUCGCUCGCUCUCUUGUCAGAGCCAAAAUAAAGCGACUAAAAAAACUUUUCUUUUGGGACUCUUAAGGAGAAAAGACAAAGCGGCGAAGACAUGAGGCGGUAGGAGAAGCCAUUGUUCUCCUGUUCGGACACGGAGCUGUCUGCGUGGCGAAGCGGGGAGACGCUGCCGUCCUGGGGGGAGUGGGGUGGGGGGUCUCCGGGAGGAACCAGAGGGCUGCUGUAGACUUUAGCCGAACCGCUAGCUUAACGUCAAGUUGAAGGAAAGUGGAGAGAAGACGCCCACAACAACAACACCGGUGCUUCAGCUGGAGGACGGGGGGCGGGUUAAAUCCGCCACCCGCUGCCCUAUGCCACGGCCAGCAGGUGAGUGAUGGAGACGAGAGAGUUGAGCGUGGUGGCUGGCAGCUUCGUGGGUUUCCAGCUUCUCUUCUCGGUGGCCAGCCCGAGGCUCUCCUUGGCCGUCACACCAGGUUACAGACGGCUACCUCCCACCAAGCUCACAGAGUGGAACUCCAGGCUGGUGUCUACUGUGCACGCCUUGAUCGUUGGGCUCUUCUGUUUGUACAUCCUGUGGUUUGAUGACGCCGUCAACGCCAACCCUGUCUGGGGUGACCCCAAUCUGGUCAAACUAAAUGUAGCCAUAACCUGUGGUUACCUCCUUUAUGACCUUGUUCUGCUAGCAUGUAACUGGAGCACCAUGGGGGACAGCUUUUUUGUCUGCCACCACUUGGCGGCGCUGUAUGCAUAUGGAUACGUGUUGACACGGGGGGUGCUUCCUUAUUUUGCCAAUUUCCGUCUCAUUUCAGAGCUGUCCACGCCAUUUGUGAACCAAAGGUGGUUUUUUGAGGCAUUAAAGUACCCGCGCUCACACCGGAUGGUGGUGCUGAAUGGCGUCGCCAUGGCGGUAGUGUUCUUCCUGGUCCGCAUCGGCGUCAUGCCGUCCUACUGGGCCAGCGUGUUCGCAACCUUCGGCACGCCGGAGUUCGAGCGCCUGGGCCUGGGAGCCCAGGUGGCCUGGAUCACGUCUUGCAUCGCCCUGGAUGUCUUGAACACAAUCUGGAUGUAUAAGAUCGCCCGCGGCUGCUACAAAGUCCUGACGGGGCGAGGGGGUCGGAAGGUCAAGGACGUGGACGGAUCGCCGGCCGCAGACGAGAAGCACGCAAACAACCACACGGACUGACGGAGGAUGGAUGUUAAACGCCGGGUAGAAGCAACGGGGGGAGGCCCACCCUCAGCCUCGGGAGUCCUCAGGUUCUGACCCCAGCUGUGAGGUGGGGAUGGGGGGGGGAGGUGAGGAGAGUGCUCUCUGACUCACUCAAACACCAGCGAUCCCAAACCUCACUGUUUCUCAGCGAGAACGAUCACUCUACUGCUGGGAGGCAGCCGUCUUUGGUUGCAGACAAACAAAUUGGAGAUUCACAAGCACACUUUUAGCGCCAUCUGUCACUCCUCUCUCAUCUCCCAUCAGCCUCCUCUCUCACGCUCCAACUUCAGCCAAAGCCCAAUCCUCUGAAGUGCCUGUGGAAAAAAAACAAAAAAAAACAGGAAAG